AGUACAAAACACACAACGACCGCGACCUAUUGGGAUUUCGUUAUCUCAAGUAGCUUCGGUUGAUCUCCGAAUCCGAUAAGAUGAAACUUUAUCUAGAUUUACAGUCACGAGGGUCAGUCGCCACUGGAACUUGAUGAUGGCUGCACUCAGGAUAAUCUUAGCGCUGAUGUCGCUGGGGGCACGAGCUCACUCGGCCAGCGUCUCCAUAUCCUCACCACGAGCCGACGACGUAAUCCUGACUUUGGAGCCGCAGCUAACUGGAGGAUUCAGUGUUGUGCUCAUCGAUAGUAACGAUGCAGACAGAACAGUUUUCAGUCACAUCGGCCGUACCAUCGUCUCGAGUUCCACGUACACUGUGGAAGAUAUCGAGGGAGGAGUUCAGAUCAACGUAGGCGACGUCAAUCUGACUGUUCACACCUUAUUCGAUGAUGCCUCUGGUGCUAGAGGCAUUAAGUUUAAGUGGAACGCCACUCCGCAGACAAGACUCGAAGACUGCAUUGAUUUUGGAUCGAAGCACUGGUACGCCGGUCCCAUGCAAGUGGACCAAAUAUAUCCCGUACAACUGGCCGAGCAGCGUUAUUCCGCGUCGAUUAUCAAAGAAAACGACAACGGUGCAAUCGCUGAACGAUACUGGCUCAAUUCUGCCGGAGAAUACGUUUACGUGCACCCUGAUGUACCACUGUUCGUUGACUAUCACAACCUUUCACCUAAUCACCUCUGUUUUGGAGCCCAAAUCGCCGAGCCGUAUUCCUCUAGGAGAACGCACACUGUACUUGCCUAUGACGUGUGGUUUCUUUCAAACGUAAAGAAGGCACAUAAACAUGCAGUGGCCAACUAUUUGGGCCAACCCUCUGGCCUGCCAGACUUCAGGAUGGUUCAGCAUCCGAUUUGGUCGACUUGGGCACAGUACUCCCAAGAUAUUGACGCAAAGAAGUCACUAGACUUUGCAAAGCAAAUCAAAGACAACGGUUUCCAGAACUCUCAAUUUGAAAUCGAUGAUUUGUGGGAAAUUUGUUACGGUUCUUUAACGAUCGAUGAGGAGAAAUUCCCGAAUUUCACGAAAACGGUUCAGGAUAUAAAGGCGCUGGGAUAUCGAGUCACUAUUUGGGUACAUCCUUUCAUCAACAAAGGCUGCGAACCGUGGUACUCAGAAGCUUUGAACAAUGGAUAUUUGGUGCUAAACGAAGCAGGAAGCGCAGACGGCUCGUGGUGGAACAACAACGGAACUCUGGCAGGGUUCGUGGACUUCACCAACCCCGCUGCCGCCGAAUGGUACUACCAGCGCAUCAGCACUCUCAUUAAAACCUACGACAUUGACAGCUUGAAGUUUGACGGAGGCGAAUCCAGUUUUACACCACAGAUAGCGGUUCAGACCGGAGACAUCGACCUCCAGCCUCAUCUCAUCGUUGAGGCGUACGCCAGAACCUGCGCGAGGUUCGGUAGCAUGGUCGAAGUCAGAGCGGGCUUCAGAACCCAAGACCUCCCGAUCUUCGUUCGCAUGGUAGACCGCGACUCCAUCUGGGGCCUCAACAACGGCCUCUCCACAAUUGUCACGACCACCAUUCAGAUGAACCUGAACGGCUACACGCUGGUGCUCCCCGACAUGAUCGGCGGGAACGGCUUCAACUUGAACCACGACCAGGCCGACCUGCCCACUAAGGAACUCUUCAUCAGAUGGGUCCAGGCUAACACGUUCCUGCCUGCGAUGCAGUAUUCAUUCGUGCCUUGGAAUUUCGAUAACGAGACAACAGAGAUAAGCCGGAAAUACACUGACCUCCACGCGGCGUACGCUGAUGAAAUUUACGCCAUCAUGGAGGCGUCCGUUAAGGAAGGCAAGCCGGUCAACGCCCCGCUCUGGUGGAUCGAUCCUAAUGAUGAAGAGGCACUUGUCAUUUGGGAUGAGUAUCUCCUCGGCGAGAACAUCCUAGUCGCACCCGUGCUCACGGAAGGCGCCACCAGUCGCGACGUGUACCUUCCUGCCGGCGUCUGGUAUGAAGAAGGAGACCGAUCUCGGGUCCUGGAAGGUCCUACCUGGCUGAGAGCGUACCCGGCGCCUCUGGAUGUGCUGCCCUACUUCGUGAGAGAGAAGGUCAACGCCCCCGACGCGGCCACGGCUCCUUGUCUUUCUGCCCUAUUAUUAAUUUUAGCUAUUAACGUUUUCAUUGUUUUAUAAGUUAUAUUAAUGUGAAUAAAUGUUGUUGAAGACGC